AUGGGCCGAGUGGCCUUUCCAUGUGCUGUAAACCUAUUUUCUGUCACAGGAUACAGGAUACUAUCUGCAGCAGCUACUGACCUUGAUGACCCUCUCCUGCCCAGCAGUGACCUGCGCUACAAAAUCCUCCAGCAAAUUCCAGCACAGCCCUCAGACAGAAUGUUCCAGAUUGAUCCUUGGAAUGGUGACAUCUCAUUAACUGCAGAAGGAGCUGAAUCGUUGGCCCUCAGUUUGGUUGACCGUUACAUCCUGACUGUUCAGGUCAAAGAUAUGGGAGAUCAACCCCAGGGCCACUACACGCGAGGGGAAGUCACAAUCACUGUUACAGAAAACCUGUGGCUUCCUCCUAGUCCUGUCGCAGUCCGGGAAAACCAUCAAGGGCCUUAUCCCCUGGCUGUCUCAAAGGUUCAAUGGAACAACGAUGGAGUGAAUUACAGGCUGGAGGCCAAACCACCCUCUCCUGAAGGACUUUUCCUCAUUGACAGAGAAGGUCAGAUCUAUUUAACUCAACCACUGGACCGGGAACAAGAAGCAGAGUACGUGCUGCUGAUAUCUGCAGAGGGUUCUGACGGAAAGCUCCUUGAUGAGCCGUUGGAGUUGAGAGUGUUGGUGACAGAUGACAACGACAACGUGCCCGUGUGUAUUCCUGAGAGUUACCAGGCAACUGUCCGAGAGCAACAGGUUCAAGGUUCACAGCUAAUCACCCUGACAGCGGCCGAUCGGGAUGAUCCCAGGACUGACAAUGCACGUCUUUACUUCCAACUCCAUAGCCAGGAACCUCGCAGUGAUGGCAAACUGCUGUUUACAGUCAGUGCAAAUGGGACCUUGACACUGGCCAAUGACAUGACCAACUACACAUCACUGAAGUACCAACUGGAGGUGCUGGUGGCUGAUCUUGCUGGAUUGUCAAGUACCUGUACAGUGACCGUCGAUGUCGAGGAAGUGAAUGACAAUGUGCCAGUAUUCCCUCAGAGACAGUUCGGUCCGUUCACUGUGGCUGAGAACACUGACAUUGGGAACGUGAUCACCACCAUCAAUGUGUCAGACGCUGAUUAUCCAGUCACCAGCAGCUGGCUUGUUCUUUACACCAUUGAGGCUGGGAAUGACGAACACCGAUUUGGAAUUUCCCAAGAUGAACACAGUAACACUGGGAGCCUUUUAUUAUAUAAGGCUCUGGACUAUGAGGAAGUGAAUGAGCACAGGCUGGUCGUCUCAGUCAGAAACGAGGCAGAGCUGCUUGGGGCUCAGUAUGGGCCGAGUUCCACUGCCACCAUCUUCAUCAGUGUGCGAGAUGUCAAUGAAGCUCCGACCCUUCCUCAGAGCCAGUAUGAGGUGAUGGUUCCCAAGGACGCUCAGCCAGGCCAUGUCUUACUGCACCUAGAGGCAUACGACCCAGACACAUCGCCCACUCCAGUUAGGUACCGCCUUGGGAAUGAGACGGUGGAAUGGCUCUGGGUGAAUCCUGACUCCGGGGACGUCACUCUCCUGUCGGGAGACCCGGCAGGAGGGACCCACCUGAUGGAGGUGAUGGUGGAAGAUGGAGUAUGGCUGGUGAUUCAUAUUGAAGACAUCCAUGAAGAUCUACUGCCCCCUGUUCUGGAACAUUCUGGAGAUUUCUUGUGUAUGCCACGGAGAGAUGGGCAGUCGAUCAUCAUCAAUGCUGUGUAUCGCCAAGAAAGAGGAAGCAGAAAUCCCAUCAGCCUCUCCAUUGAUGGCAAAGCAAAGGAGCAAAGGAACUGGAAGCUCCAUCAGGCUAAUGACUCACAUGCCUCUCUGACUAUUGCCCUGAGUUGGGUAGAUCCAGGGGUGUACCAGAUCCCAAUCAUCCUCACUGCGAAAGGGGAUCCCCCCCAGCAUCACAGAGAUAGUCUAACAGUGAAUAUUUGUCCUUGCAAUUCCAGAGGGGAAUGCAGGCUUGAGGUGGAGCCUAUUCCAGGGAAACCCACCAUUCUGACAACUGUGGGCACCAUUGUUGGCACAUUAGGAGCAAUCGGUUUUUUCCUGAGCAUUGUCCUUGUGUACUUGGCCGUAACAGGCAAGCAGCGCCAGAAGAGGAAACGCAAUGUCAGCUCCGAGUCUGAGCGGUUUCACCCCGCGGUGUAACGUGGUCUUGCUCAGAAUCACCAUC